CUCUAAGGCUACCCGGAGGCGUGGUUUUCGAGCGCGCGCUUCACUUGGAGCGAGUGCGCGUGCGCCGCACCGAUCCUCUCCGGUCUGGAUCAUGGCUGCUUGGCCUCUGUGGGCGGUCCAGCGGCGGGUGCAGCGCCUCCUGGCCUCGCGUAGCAGGAUAUGGCUUCACCCAUUCAGCACUGCCACCCAGAGAACUGCAGGUGAAGACUGCAGUUCUGAGGACCCUCCUGAUGAGCUUGGGCCCUCUCUUGCUGAACGAGCCUUAAAGCUAAAAGCUGUUAAACUGGAAAAGGAAGUUCAGGAUUUAACACUGAGAUACCAGAGAGCUGUAGCUGAUUGUGAAAACAUAAGGAAAAGAACCCAGAGAUGUGUGGAAGACGCCAAGAUAUUUGGAAUCCAGAGUUUCUGUAAGGACUUGGUGGAGGUAGCAGACAUUUUGGAGAAGACUACCGAGUGCAUUUCUGAAGAAACAGAACCUGGGGACCAGAAGCUCACUCUGGAGAAAGUUUUCCGAGGGUUGUCACUUUUAGAAGCAAAGCUGAAAAGUGUAUUUGCCAAGCAUGGCCUGGAGAAGAUGGCUCCUAUCGGUGAUAAAUACGACCCUCAUGAGCAUGAACUCAUCUGUCAUGUGCCAGCUGGUGUGGGAGUACAACCUGGCACAGUGGCGUUAGUAAGGCAAGAUGGCUACAAACUUCAUGGCCGUACCAUUAGACUUGCUCAAGUGGAAGUGGCAGUGGAAUCUCAGAGAAGAUUAUGAGCAGGCCCUGAAGAACUGAAUGUUCUCCCAGAGUGCAGUCACCUGUGUUUCCUUUAUUUAUUAAACUAGGUUUGUAUUGUACAUGAGGUACUUCAUGUGAUCUGUUUUGGAUUUAGUCAUAUUGGCUUUAUUUCUAUGAUACUCUAUUGAUUUUAUGUGACCUGUUUGGUCUCAUCAGAAGUCUUGCCAUUGAGCAUUUGAACAAUGUGACAAGUGUUCCUGUGGCCUUUAUCAAAAUAUGUUUACGAAAAUUAUUUUUAAUCUGGUACUCUGAUGACUUCAGAUCCAAAAUCAUCUUCUUAACUGUAUUUUCAACUAAUGGUUGAAAUUAGUACAAUAUCUUGUAUAGUGUUUUGUAUUCUGUGGGAAAAGGAGACAGUAGGGAUUAGUUCAAUAUUUGGGUAUUUAGAUGAUAAAGUUUUACACUUGUAUAUGUUUAGAUUGGAUUGUUUGGAUUGGUUUUUAUAGAGAGAGAUUUUUCAGGAUUUCCCCCUUUUGUUUUAUUUUUUACUGUUUAUCCAUCUUUUGUCCUUGUAGUCCCAGUUAAGCUUCAUUACUUACUUUGUUUUGUGAUACUUACCCCUUUCCAAUUCCACUUGGAAGGUAGGGAACAUCAGGAAAUUCAAGGUACCUACAUCCCUUUAAAGCAAGGGAAUUAUUUUUUAGCCUCACUAGGUAUACAGUGAUUUCUGGUAAAAUGAGGCAGCACCAACAGCUAAUGACCCCAAAUGAGUCUGUAUUGGUAAUUACCCACAACUGCUCAUUCCACCUGUCCCAACUCCUAUGCCUUAUUGGUUAAAUUUGCCUUAGGAUCCUAUAUUAGAUUAUGUGGAAAAGUGAUCAGGACAAAAAUGUUACAUUCCCACAAUUUCUCAUUUCACUUGGUUAUAUUGAAAUUUUUUUUUUCUUUAGUUGGUUCUACAAACCACUGCCUCUCUUACAUUGACAAACUUUUUUUUGUUUGUUUUUGCAGUGUUGGGGGUUGAACCCAAGGUCUCAUGCAUGCUAGACAAAUGCUCUGCCACUAUGAUACAUUCCCAAGCCUGUCAAGCCUUUAUCCAUAGUUUUUGUUUCCAUCUUAAGUCAAAUUUGUAUAAACAUCUAGCUUCCCUCUUUGUUUUUAAUAGUUUUUAGUUAUAGGUGGACACAUCUUUUAUUUUUAUGUGGUGCUGAGGAUCAAACCCAGUGCCUCACGUAUGCUAGGCAAGUGCUCUACCUCUGAGCCACAACUCCAGCUCCUCUAGCUUUCCUCUUAUGUAUUAACCUCCUAAAGUUAAUGGUCCUAUGUGGGGAUUUUUUUUUUAGUCUUACAACUGGUAUUAUGUAAAAGAUAUAUCUAAUAAAUGACUUAAUGAGUAAUAACAUCAGUGAGACUUUAGAAAGGAGGUCAGUUAGAUACUUUAAUGUUAGGAGAGGCUUCAGUCUAAUCUUACCUUUCAGCUUCUGAAGUAAAAGAGCCUACUCUUUUUAGGAUUGAACCAAAAGGGGAAAAAACUAGUGACUAAACUUCAACAAGCGGUUGAAUAAAUGAGUAAGUAUAGAUGUUAACUUCAAACACUUAAAGAUAUUUACAUAGAGUUACAUUCGCAGCAGACCUAUACUUGUGAGGUGUCCAGAUUAUAUAGAUUUGAGUUGGUUACCCAUAAAAUCCACUUCACCAGAACUCUGAUCCUGAGUAAAAGCAAAAACUGGUUUUUCCCCACCCUUUUAGGUUCUUUAAGCUGCAAAUUAAGUUUACUCAUGACAGUAUCAGGAGAAAAAUUAGACUUUAUUGUAUAUUUUUGCAUGGGAGUCCCACAAAAUAAGACUCAAAAGGAGUCAAAGAUAAUUGAAGCUUACAGCAUUCUAAGCUAUAGAUCUUGGCAGGGGAGUAAGAGUGGGGGACAUGGAGGAAACUGGUAAAUAAAGGUGGCUUUAUUAUGCAGAUAGGAAGGUAAUAUGGGUUUGAUUUCCAUCACCACCCAAAAGGGGGGAGGGCAGGUAACAAAAGUUGCCUAGCAGCCCUCUCUCUGAUAUAGACACCUUUAAUAAUAUAUAUGUUUAUUUUAUAAAAGGACAACUUUUCAGAGCUACUCUGUCUGCAAUUUCUCAAAAUAUGCAAAAGAAGUAUGUUAUAAAUGAGUAAUAAAUGAGUAAGUAUAGAUGUUAACUUCAAACACUUAAAGAUAUUUACAUAGAGUUACAUUCCUCUUUUGAGGAUAGUAAGUUAUCCUCUUAGACAAUGUAGUUAAUUCUACAACACUACACAAAUGUGCAUCGGUAAGGGAUUCCCCCCCACCCCCCAGUGGGCCAUCAGAUUUAAACACUUUUAAAAAACUAGGGGACUGAGCGAGGUGUAGCUCUAUAGUGUGCACAAGGUGGGGAGAGGCUAGUAAACAUGCACUUUUAAAAUGCCAUUAAAAGGUGCUUUUGGUGCUCAACCAAGUGCACACUAUAUUUAAUGAGCAGUCAAAUUUUACUGUAGUAAUUUGUCCUUUUCUGCCUUUAUUCCUGUGAGAUUGACAGAUAGUAACAAUAAGAAAUUGAGUCAAAUUACCCAUAUGUGUUCUGGUAUUACUAGCUAUCAUUACCAGUGAAUUGUUUAUAAUUUUAGGUAUGGAAGAUUCUCAUUACUUGAAGAGUUCUGAUACCCUUUACACUUCCUGGUUUUGCAAGCAGAUUGAGAAUAAUUUUAGGUUCUUUUAUUAUUCAGUAGUUUGGCAAGACUUGAAGCAUAAAUUUAGAAUUAGAUGAUGAAAUGGUAAUAGUGGAAAAAAUCUCAAGUCAAAGGGCUUUAGGAAGCCAGAGCAGCAUAAUAGAACAAGGCUUGCUAGGCAUAGACUUGAACAUAAAUUCCACCCAGCUCCAUCACCUAUGUGACACUGAGCCCCAGUUAUUUCACUCUUAUAAGCUUGUUUUUAAAAUGCUCUCAUGAUACUGUGAGGAUCAAGUGAAGUAUGCAAAUUGCCUCCUACAGUUGGCCCUUAUAUUUAUUUAUCUUUUUUUAAUCUUUUUUUUCCUACGUUUCUAUAGCUGCCUAAAGUCUAAGGAAAGGGAAAGGCUAGUCAACUGAUUUUUUAAAAAAUGAUAAGCAAAUCAUUCACAGUGACUUAUUUUCCUUCCAGUUUUGUUUGUUUGUUUGUUUGUUUUGUUGUUUUUUGUUUUUGUUUUUUGCAGGGGGUUGGGGGGUAUUAACCAUACUACAAGAAACUCAUAUUUUUAGACUGAAGAAGCAAAAAAAAAUGUGAUCUUGCUCUUUUAUUUUCAUCUUAAUGGUAAAAUGCAAAAACAUUAGCUUACAGAUGAUACGUAAAGAAGCUCUGGCUUGCUGGAAGGGGGAAUUUUGGUGUUUCUGUAACUGGAUUCUCCAAUUUUUUUACUGACUUUCCUUACUGCCAUAAAACAAUCAGUCUCUUCGACAUUGACUAUGUUUUUGGGUGCUCUUACUCAUGACACCGUAUUUGGUAAAUGAAGAAAGGUUCUUAAAACAAAAAAUAAAUAGGGGAAAAUAAGACUGAAAUGUAAUAUUCAGAAAUAACUUUAAUACCUUUAAUAAAACCUGAAUUGAAACAAUUGUA